AUGUCUACAGAUAACACUACCAAUGCGGUUCAUGGAUCCGUUCAAGGCUCACCGAGGCAAUCAAGGAGCACAGCGUCCACACCAGGCGCAACUCAACGACGUGUGUGGGAUGUGAUUCAGAAUGGCGGCGUUGCUCCUCGCGCGCGAGUGGGACCCAAUCGAGAACAAUAUGCGGAGGAACCUAGCAUUGACGAAGCCAUCACUCAAUUCGAGAAGCAAUACUAUUCCGGACAACCCAAGUCACUUUCCGGAAUCGCAUUGCGAUCAUUCCUCGUCGGCAUCGUCCUCACAGUUUCCACCUUCAGUACCCUCUACCUUUUCUUCGUCACCGAUUCUAUCUUCUGGCGCGUUCCCUUCUUUAUUUCGUCCCUCGCCAUCUUCCACUUCCUCGAGUUUUGGACCACGGCCAGAUACAAUACACCUGAAGCAUCCAUUUCCUCCUUCCUCUUCAGCGGCAAUGGAUCCGCAUACAACAUUGCACACAGCGCCGCCAUCACCGAGUUCCUCAUUACUAACACAUUCUUCCCCAACGGCUCUACAUACACUAUUUACGGCUGGCCCUUCCCUCCCUCCAUCGCAUGGUUCACCCCACUUCAACAAAGCAGCAUUCUGAUUCUCGGGCUCCUCCUCAUCUUCCUCGGCCAAACCAUCCGUUCCGUCGCCAUGAUCCAAGCCGGCAGGAGCUUCAACCACAUUGUGCAAUAUACGAGAUCACGUUCGCAUACGCUUGUUACCAAUGGUCUAUACGCAUGGUUGCGCCAUCCCUCAUAUUUUGGAUUUUUCUGGUGGGGAUUGGGUACGCAGUUGGUUUUGGGCAACUUUUAUUGUUUUGGGGGGUAUGCAUUUGUGUUAUGGAUGUUUUUCAAUAGGAGAAUAAAGGGCGAGGAGGCUUUGUUGGUCAAGUUCUUUGGGGAUGAGUAUGUUGAGUAUAGGAAGAGGUCAUGGGUGGGAAUUCCGUUCGUCUAG